AUGAAACUAGCUCUACCGCCGCAUAUCAUACAGAAUCCCAACCACGACCUUAUCGAGCAACGCGGUCCUAUGCUGCCGGAGAGGUGCAAUACUUCAGAAUAUGGUAGUGGCGACCCUUCACCCACUAAUCUUAUGUAUGAUCCCACCUUAGACGAUUCCGAAUCUGAUUAUUUAGCGAUCGAAAGAGAAAAGCGAAUUUACGAACUUGAAAAGAAGCAUCAUGAAGACCGUGAGAAAAUACGAGAAUACCGUGAGCGUCUUAGUCGAGAACGGGACUUGCGUGAUAAAGAAAUUACGGCAUUGAAGGAGGCUUUAAGAAAGAAGAAAAGAAAAGAUGAAAAAGAUAGACGGGACCUUAUGAACGUGAUAAACAGCUUACAAGCAAAAGUUAGCUUUCUGGAACAGAAUCAGAGAUGUGGCGGAGGGUUGUUUCCACCGCUGUUUGAAAGUGUAGUUGGCGCUGGGGAAUCGUUGUGUACCAUUAGCGCAUCAUCUGUCCCAGUCCCAUCUGGAUUUAAUCAGACUACUUUACAUAAUAACUCGGACGAAAUAGAUGAAACAAAGAACUUUCGCAGGACUGAAGUCUAUGAUUCAGAACUUCCCAGGAGCACAGACUCUUCUAGCUCUGUCACGACGCAAGAAGCUCAAGAUAUUACCUUGCUUCAAGCCGAUGGUGCUAAUGAUCUAACAUUGACUCUAAGUAAUAGUUCUAGUCGAAGGGUACAUAGCGAUACAGAUCUUUGCAGAUUUUCACACCCUUACGGUACAUUAUCUGUGCAGUUAUGA